CUCAAGGACCGUCAGUGGGCGAGCUGGUCGAUUAUAAAACCAGAGGGAGGGACGCUCUGUUCUCUGCAAAGUCUCAGUAUCACUUGUAAAAAGGCAUCACUGACUAACAGCUGUGAUUUCCUACCAACCUUUUUAUGAUUUUUAUACAAUAAUGCAACACAGCCUGUUGGAAAAGAUCUAAAGAUGAGAUGAAUGUGGAGCUCAGAGGUUUGUCUUUAAAGCAACAAGAGCGUGCAGACGACACCAGCCCACUGAGGUACAUGUGGAGUGAAAGACAAAAACACUUUUAAAGAGAGAAUUAAGAAAAGCUCCAAAUGAGCUCGAGACUGAAUCCAAAAUGCAAACCGAGGCGACCGCAGUGAAUAAUCCUGGAACAUGCGCAUUCAAAUGUAAAAAUGAGACUUCAGGAAUAAGCACAGAGGUCGAUCUCUAACUGAGGAACCGAAAGUUGUCCACAAGUGGUGAAGACAAGUCUGAGCGGUCAGAAAAAUGUUUUGAGGUUGAGCUGGAAAGAAAAACCCAACUUGUAGCACAAGCGCUACACCGAGCCCACAAUAACGAGGAAAGACAUCAAGUCAAAUCAACUUGAAAUAUUUUGCGGCUACAAACGUUUAUCCAUAGCACAAAAUCUCUUGUAACACUUUUGAUAAAAACCCUGCAGGAACCGUGAGGAUUUCAGAGAAUGAAAGGAAAUCGACUGAGCUGAUGCUCGCAGCACAAACACCACAUGGAGUUUAGAUUUUACUCCUCAAAUAUUUCCUGUUCUUUAAGCACAAAAUUUUUGUCACGAAUCGAAGCACAAACUGUUUUUAUCUCUGAAAUUAAAAACUCCAGCUGCUCUGGAUCUGACAGACGAACAGGUUGAUUAUAAAAUGACCUUUUAAGCACAAAUUGUGACCAAUAUUCAAACACAGAUUUCAAAUUCAGGUGCUAAAGAUAAAGUUUUCCUCUCUAUGAGGUUAAAGAUGUUUGCUCAAGCUGGUGUGUGAAGUUCAGUAAGCACAAGCUGCGUUCAGAUUAUUUCCACACAUAAGUAUUCAGGUGCUAAAAAGUAUUUUGUUGUGUGAUUUUUUUUAUGAUUUCAGAAACACUUUUGUAUCAAUUCAAAGCACAAACACACCCCUCAUAAGCACACAGCGCUUUUUACGCUGAUUUGAGAAAUAAUUCAACAUCAGCUGCUGAUUUAUAAAAUAACUGGUGGCGCAGACGAGAUCAGGGGAGUCGACUAACCCUCCAGACAAAUGUUCAUAUUCAGGCUGCUGCUUUCUGAUCUGUGAAUGUGUUUGGAUAAAUUAUUGAGGCCAAACUUCAAUAUCUGACUCGGAGCGUUGCCUCGUCCUGAUGCAGAAACAUAAAUUCAGAUCACUUUUAAAGAUUUCUCUGUCACUCAUAUUUAAUAUUUCACAUCAAACUGUUUGCUGUGUCUUGUCAAUUUGGGGAGAAAGGAAGUUGUUUUAAUCACUCGCUGAUGAAUUAUUGAACUGAAGUGAAAACUGCUGGAACACAUUACAGCCCGGAGGAGUUUUCUUUCCUUCUUCUUCUCCUCCUUCAUGUCUUAUUAAUCGUCACUGGCCUCGUUUCCACUGCGGCUUCAAACAAACCUCAGGGGACCGAAAACUAAACAUUUGGCUGAAGAUGUUUAAGUGUUUUGUAAAGAUUUGUGAGACGUUACAGGCUUGAAAAAAGCAGCGCGGUUAGUUUAAUGUAAGUUUAAUAAGAGAAGGUGUCACUUUGAUUCAGGCUGAGGAGAUCUCAGCGGAGGGAAAGCUGCACAUUUCUGUCAGGGAAAUUAAAGAAUAUAUAUAUUUUUGUCAUUGUACUUGCAGUUUGCAGGAAGACGCUGAUUAUUUAAUAACUCAAAUAGAAGUAAAACAUACAUAAUACAUGAAAAGCAGGAGUUUUGUUGUGACUGUGACUUAUUGGUGUCACUUUUACUGGACGCAGAAGCUUUACAGUUUAAUUUUAUAUGUCUUUUCUCCACAUUCGGCCAUUUGAGCUGCAGGGAGACAUUUUUAAAGCCCCACAGUUUAUAUUUAUCUUAUUGAAUCCAUCACUUUCAAAGCAGUCGUUAAAUGUAUUAAAAACCAGGAAACCAGAGAGGAUAAAUUAAGAUUUAAUCUUUUUUAAAUCAUCUUCCCUUCACCUUUCUCUGGCGACUUGAGCUGCAGACUUCCAACAACUGACCAACUCGACUCGUUUGUGUUCAACACAUUAAAUAACUGACUUCACCGCCGACACUGAAACCAUUUUACGACACCGAGAUUUAAAUAACAUGAACUGACCUAAUUUUUUGCACCUGUGAACACACACCUUCACCCCUCCAUCACCUCCACCCUCAUCAUCACAAACAUCUGAUUCUCUCCCACAAACUCAAAUGAACUGUUUUUCCAGUUUGAAGCACAAUCUGGAGAGUGUUUCCCCUCUUCAUCCCCCCUCCUCCUCCUCCUCCCCUGCAGGGCAGAAACAAUCUGCCGCGCAUGAAUAAAAAUUAAUUUUUCACCGUGAUGAAAAGACACAGCGUCUCGCCUCCUCGCCGCCCGCAGGACAGCAGAUAAAAGCUGUUUACUGUGAGGAGACUUCAGAGCAACACAACGCGUCUCAUUUAUGAAAAGAACAACAAAACCAGGCUGAACAGUGUCCUCCUCCUUUUGUCUUCUGUCUCUUAAUUGUUUUUGCCCACGAGAGCGAAGCAUUAAGAAGCACAGGGGUGGGUUUCUCUUUUGUCUUCAGAGUGACAGAGACAACAGGAAGUGAACUCAGCUUGACUCUCAGCUGGGUUUUUAUCAGAAGUGACACUUUUCUAAACGGAGACGGACGUCUUUGUUGAAGGAGUUUGACUGAUAAAAGCAUUUAAUAAACUUGAUGAAGCACAUUCGGGGAUUUUAAGUGGCUUCAUUUCUUGUGGGAAAUCUUUCUUUUCUGAGGGAAAACUCAGACUACAGUGACGCACUGUUAAAAUAUUUCACCUUUACGAGAGUAUCAUUAUUUUUUGCAGAAGAGUCACAGAAGCCACACAAAUACACUACAUUUGAAUUAAACCUGGAAAAAAGCAGGAAACAUUUUAAUUUCAUUUUUUAAGAACUGCUUUGACUGAUUUCUCUGACGAUUUCUAGUUGACCUUUGCAAAGGAUGAACAUGACUCUUCCUACAUAACGGAUCUUUGUCUGGAUUAUAAAUUUCACCAACUCUUCAUUUGGUCUGAGAAUUUGUCUGAAAUCUGGUGAUGUUUUUGGACUGUUGCCCAUUUUUGUUUGGCAAAGUUAAUCUCAGAUUUGGGCGUGGUCAUCUGAACAAGAAUUAUCUUUGUGAAGGUAAUUUUGGCUCAAAGGUCAGAGGCUGAUUAAGGGGAAAAUAAGCAAGAAAACAGACGGCGAAGACGCACCUGAGGACGUCGCAUUUGGAGGGUAAAGGUCAGACAGCGAGCUGGAUUAUUGACUCGUUUCCUGAGGGACCUGCAGAGACAGAGGACAGAGGACGCCGAGAUUGAAAAGACACAAAGGACGCAGAGACGGAGAUAAGUGUCAGACGUCAUCAUGGGCUGCAACAUGUGUGUGGUGAAACGUCCGGAGGAGCAGUACAGGAUCAUGUUCCAGCAAAAAGGCUGGAGUGACUCCCUGCGGCCGCUGGACAGACACGGAAACAUAAAGGUCAGAGGACGGAGACCCUCUCAGCUCCCGCUGGACAGACCACAGAACUCCCAAGAUCCUUUGCACCAACCUGGUCCAGUUCGCAAGAGUCACAGAAGGAAAGGUACGUUAGUGUGCAGUGGUAACGGGACCGGAAGCAGCUCCAUCUACUCCGUUGCCAUGGUUGCAAUCCCCGACUGCGUCGACAACGCCACGCAGACGGACAUCAGCUUCCAGAACAUCGUGCCACUGGGGAAGAACAGAGGUCACCACCACCAUCACCACGGGCGGGGAGGUGGCUCCUCCUCUCCUCCACCACCUCCACCCUCCCCUCCCCUCCCUCACCUCGGGGGACCGUACGGGAUCAAUGAGUUCUGUGUGUUUGAGUACAACGACCCUGAUGACUACUUUGACGUGUCCAACCAUGAGGUGGACAGGCAGGACGACCUGGAGUACGAGGAGGUGGAGCUGUACAAAUCCAGUCAGCAGGAGAAGCUGGGGCUCACAGUCUGCUACAGGACGGACGACGAGGAGGAUCUCGGGAUUUAUGUUGGAGAGGUUAAUCCAAACAGCAUCGCAGCCAAGAACGGACGCAUCAGAGAGGGCGACCGGAUCCUGCAGAUUAACGGAGUGGAUAUUCAGAACAGAGAGGAAGCUGUGGCUAUUUUGACCCGAGAGGACAGCAUCAACUUCUCCCUGCUACUGGCCAGGCCAGAUAUAGAGAAUGACAACCCUGAUGGUCCGGAGGAGGACAUGGAGCUGACUCUGGAGGGAGGAGGCUUCCACCCAAACCCACGAGCCUCCUCCUGCUCCCUCCCUUCCACCCAGCCCUCUGGCUAUUAUCGCCUCUGCCGGGGAGGAGGAGGAGGAGGAGGAGGAGGAGGAGGAGGAGGAGGCCUGGCCUGCCCGGGGGGAGCAGGAGGUGGAGAAGGUCCUGGGGAUGAUGUGGAUGUGGAGGAGGAGGAGGAGGAUGAGGAUGGGGAGGAAGGAGAAAGAGGAGAGAAGGAGGACAGAGACCCCCCUGUGCCCCUCCCUCCUCUGCUGAGCCUGGCUCCUCUGCUGUCUAACAGCCAGGAGCUGGACAGCGGAGUGGGCCGGACAGACGACAGCACCCGCUACGAGGAGUCGUCUGAGCACGACCUGCUGGGUGAUCAGACCAGUGCCUGUAACACCAACACCACCAACACACCAGGCAGCACCAGGAAGUUCAGAGCGGGACCCAGCCCCAGACCCAGCCCAGGCCUCGGCCCCAGCCCCGGACAUGGCAGAGGAGACACCACCCCUCCUUUCCUGCAUCUGCGAGACCUCCAGCUCAGCUCCGACUCCCUCCCCGGCCUGGACUGGGCAGCUGCAGGAGGAGCAGGAGGAGCAGCGUAUAGCCCCCACCAUCAUCACCACCACAAGCACUACCACCACCAUCACUACCAGCCCCCUCUAGCGAUGAUGAUGCCGGGCCUGACGGAGGAAGAGUGCCAGCGAUACCAGGAGCUGCUGGAGAUCAAGUGCCAGUACGAGAAACGUAACGAAAAACAGCAAAGAGAAGCGGCGAAAAAUGAGUGUAAAGACACUGAAGCAGAGGUGAAGGACCAGGAGGAGAGAGAAGAGGCAGAGAGGGGAGGAGAGGAGGAAGCUGCUUCUUCGUCUGCGGUGGACGUGAACUGCAAUGCGACUUUAAGCGAGCAUGAGAUGGCGCUGAUUGAGGAGGAGUUACGCCACCUGGAGUUCAAGUGCCGCAACAUUCUCCGAGCGCAGAAGAUGCAGCAGCUCAGAGAGAGGUGUCUGAAAGCCUGGAUGAUGGAGGAGGAGACGGUGGCAGCUGGAGCGGGGCGACCAGGCCCUCCUGAAGCAGGUGUGGAUAAUGACAACGAGGAUGACGAUGAUAAUGACCCUCAUCGUCACGAGUUAUCGGCUAUCAAUGAGCUCCCGGAGCGAGAACGAUCUGACGACAAAGACAGCACCAGCGCCUACAACACCGGGGGGGAGAGCUGCCGGAGCACGCCAUUGGUUAGCACCGAGCAGAUCCCGCCUCUCCAGGAAGAGGAAGAUGAAGGAGGAAGACGACUGAUGUCUCCACCUCCUCUAUUACCUCUCGCGCGCCUCCCCCCUCUGAACUCCCCCCUCACCCCGCGUCGUCACGGGCGGGACCGAGACAGAGAGAGGCGCCACUCGAACCUCAGCUGCUCUUUCUCCCCGAGCACUUACAGGAAGUACGAAACAGCCAAUGGCAACGUCGCACAUGGGUCAAGCUCCACCCCCUCUACGCCCUCCAAGUUCAGGUCUCUGACCAGAGAGGCGGGGUCUUCUUCAAGAAGGGGUGUGGCUGAUGGAGGGCGGGGCUCCAGAGCAGGUGGCGCCACCGACAGGCCCGGAGGUGGAAGUGCAGAGUCCAGUCCUUAUUUCACCAGAAGACACCACAGCAACAACAAACCAUUAGAGCGCUACCAGAGCUGCAUGGCGCUGCCCUCUGAGGGCCUGGUGGACCCAUUGGAUCGAGUGAGAGACAGAGCGAGGGCCGAGGGUGAGGAGAGGGGGAUGGGCACGGGCAGCAGCGGCCCAGCCAGCCCCAGGAGUGUGAACAGCGCCCCCUGUGGUCUGGAGGACCACCAUACAGGCGCCUCACGGUUAGGACUAGCGUUACCACUCGGGCUGACACACUCAUCGCCAACUGCGUCACCACAACGCAUGGAGUGGAAGGUAAAGAUCCGGAGUGACGGAACUCGUUAUGUGGCCAAGCGGCCGGUCAGGGAUCGUCUCCUGAAGGCCCGAGCCAUGAAGAUCAGAGAGGAGCGCAGCGGCAUGACGACCGAUGACGACGCUGCCAGUGAGAUGAAACAGGGCCGAUACUGGAGCAAAGAGGAGAGGAAGCAGCAGCUGCUGAGAGCCAGAGAGUACCGACGAAGAAGAGAGUACAUGAUGCAGAGCCGCCUAGACUACCUCAGAGGAGACAGGGACAUUUCAUCAUCAGCCCGGGGAGCCGAAGACCUCCGUUCAUCCCAGACGGCCCAGCUUCACCCCCGACAGGACUCCCCCAGCAACAACAUCCUGUUACUGAGCCAGAAGAAGAUCAUGAAGAGGAGGAAUCGCCGCAUCCUCGACAACUGGAUCACCAUCCAGGAGCUGCUGGCUCACGGCUCCAGGUCGCCGGACGGGAAGAAAAUAUACAACCCUCUGCUCUCUGUGACCACGGUGUGAUGUGAGGAGAAGAGAAGAGGAGGAAGAAGAAGAAAGAAACGGACAAUACAAACUUCAAACUAUGAGAUCAAAGCUUCAGAUGUCUUUGGGCUGGAAGGAAGAUAGACACGUGUUAACAGAGCAGAGAAGACUUCAUAUAAAGACGAGGGAUUUAUAACCUGGAACAUUUUGAUGUAUGUCUAAAAACUGUUCCCUGAACUGUCUUUGAUCGUGAGCGUGAUGGCGAAGGGAAGGUACAAGUAAAGGAAACGCGAGGAUGGAGUAUAAGGACAACAUGCAGUAGGAGGCAGCUGAAGUGGAAAAGUGAUAAUGACUCUGAAAGGAUGGACUCGGCAUCAAACAAGCAGCAAGCAGAAAACCUGAACAGUUGGGUUACUCGUCCUGAAGGUUGAAUCUGGGAACAAAAAACUGUUAUAGGGACUGGAUGCUGGAUGGCCUUUAAAGCAGCCAAGUGUUCAGCCCAACAUAUGGUACUGGAUUGAAUCCUGAGAACUGAACUUCUUUGACACAAAGAGCACCAGGUUAUAUGUCUCUUUAAACUCAGUAAAGACACUUCUAAGAAGGGAACGGUUUGUUCUGGUUCACUGCUGCUUUUAGGACCUCAAGAAAAUGUUCCAUGAUAGACUGGAAGGUAGAGAGACUCUUCUCUGUACAUGAAGGAGACGGGUUUCAUGUCCUGGUGUGUUCAGGCAGAAAUAAAGUUCAGAUAUUUUGAAGUGCGGUUGAUUGGGCUACUUAUCCAUAGACAGUAUUAUACAUAACAGAUGUCAGUCAGCACGCCCCCAGUUUGGAGAGUCAGGCUGAAUGUCCGACAGUGAAUUCCGUUAUAUAGCUCUCUUUAAAGCCAGACUCCAUUGAGAAAAACAGUGAUUUAAUAUCACUGAACAAAGGAUCUACAGCUGCCUCAGUCAAUUAGUUUGUACAUGUUACUGUGUGACUUUGGCGACGUUGGCAUUAAAAAGGGUUAGUUCAGAUUCACCAGAGUCAUACAGUAACAUAAACACACUAGUUAGUCAGUGGGGAUAGACCAGCGUCUCCCGUAUUCAGCAAGCUAGAAUUGCUGUUUUUGUCAGUGGAGUCUGGUGGCUUCGACAAGAGCAUUAACAGCUUACUUGUCGAAAAUUCCUGGUAAAGUGGUGAAAAUGCUCUCAAUAUAGCGUACACUUUAUUUUCUAUUUUUAUAUACUUUAUUAAUCCCCCCGAGGGGACAUUCAAUAUUUUCACUCCGUUGUCAUUAACACACAGGUCUGAAAUACACACACAUGCACAAACAGGACCUAUACAUGCAGUAAGUGGAGAGAUGUCAGAGUGAAGGGGCUGCCCAUGGACAGGCGCCCCGAGCGGUUGGGGGGUAUGGUGCCUUGCUCAAGGACACCUGGGUGGUUCUCAGGAGGUGAACUGGCACCUCCAGCCACCAGUCCACGCUCCAUAUUUGGUCCGGACAGGGACUUGAACAGGCGGCCCUCCGGUUCCCAAGCCAAGUCCCUAUGGACUGAGACUGAGCUACCAUAAAAAUAGUUGCAAGCUGGAGUCAAACCCAUGACCACUGCAACGAGGCAUCACCUCUGUAUAUAGAACGCCGGCUAGGGCUGUACCCAAAUAUUCGGAUAUUCGAAUAUUCGUUUCUAUGGAUAGGUAUUCGUUAUGAAAAUUUGGUAUUCGAUAUUCAUUUUUUUAUUUACUUUUUUUUUUU